AUGGGUCGAAGUGCACGAGGCAGUCCGAUGCGUAAAUGGAUGAGCCAUGUGGACGUGAAGGAUAGCAGUGGCAGUAGCAGCAGUAUCACUCUUAAUAAUGGCAGUAAAACAAAUCUGGCACAGUCACGAAGCAAUCUGCAUACGAAUAAUGCCGCUAGCUCAAUUGCUUCCUCAACCACAAACCUCAAUAACAGUUCACUUCAUAAAGCUAAAUCAUCAUUGUGCGUAGUUUGA